CGGCAAGAGACACAGCAGAGGAAAUCUGAGUUCAGUCCCCCCAGCUCCACAUCACCUUCAUGCAAAAGCGUUACGCGCUGCUCGAUGCCAUAACUCGUAAACCCGGUGCAUCAUUUGAAACUGUCUAAAAGGCUCCCGUUUGGCUCGCAUCCUUUAUGCACAGCACGCUGCUCCAGCCUUUAAAGAGAACACAGGCAUCCGUGUCGGAACAGCAUGGCUUCUUACAUUCGCGGGUACUGAGCGAGAUGGAAGCCAAGCAGCAUUCGAUCAAGAGCUUGAAGAGCUAUCCGGAGGCUGGGGGCCGGAGUCUAGCGGCGGCGGCGGGCGGGGACGUCGGAGGUGGAGGGUAUCGCGUCGGCGGUGCAGAGAUGGAGAUGGAGGCGAAAAUACAAAAGGCGAUCGACUUCAAGCUGGAGGGUCACCGCUGCUACAAGGAGAAGAAAUUUCGGGAGGCUAUUGGGAAGUAUCACAGGGCGCUGCUGCAGUUAAAAGGGACCCAUGUCGUCGAUGGGACCACGGGAUCUGAGGUGAACCUGCUGAACCAAGCCGCGACUAAGCUGACAGAAGAGCAGCGGCGAGCCGUGGAGGGCACCGAGAUCGAAUGCUACGACAGCCUGACAGCAUGCUUGCUGCAGUCGGAACUGGUGAAUUAUGAGCGAGUUAAGGAGUACUGUUUGAAGGUACUGGGACACCAGCAGGAUCACUUUAAGGCCAUGUAUCGUGCUGGAAUUGCCUUCUACCACCUUGGAGACUAUGAGUGUGCCCUGCGUUACCUACGGGAUGCCAAGUGCCGUGAACCCACAGACACAAACGUGCUUCGAUACAUCCAGCUGACGGAGAUGAAGAUGAGUAAGAGCAGUCAGCAGGUACGUGAGAUUGGGAAAGAGUCGUUGGGUUAACUCCCCCCACCCCCACUUCGCCUCCUGAAGCCAGGCCCUCCCGAUAGAAAGCCUCUCUUUCCGAGCCUCUCCCCUUUUCCACAACGCAGUUCAUCCUAUGAACAACCAGGAUACACAUGCUGUGCCACUCUAUGAAAAGGACUCGAAAUGGACACAGCUACAGCACAAAACCUUGCGACUGUCUUUUCUUUCUUUGAGGUAUCUCCCAAUGUCCCCGGUGCUUUUCAUUCCCCAGGUAUAGAGACAAACAAACUAGAAAAUGAAAAAAGAGGAAAUGCUGUAUAAUAAUUACAUACCAGUUUAAAAUUACAUUAUCAAGUUAGGAUGUCAAAAUGUGCAUAAUGUCUUUUAUAGAAUCAUAAUCUAGUGUAAUGUGGGCUGGUUGAAUUGAGAUCCUGUGAGUCUUGAGUCUAUAGGCAGAUAAAAGAGUGAAAGCACAAGAAUCAAAGUCACACUGCUACUAAAGUGCAGAUGUUACAGGUCACUGAUUAGACUAGUGAACUCAAAGUAAGAGACCUUGUCUCCCAUCCACUCUGCUCAAUACUGAGAUGGAAGGUCAAUGUUUUAGAGUAAAUCUCAAUCUUGGUUGAUGUUGAUCUCAAUUCACACUCGCCUGCAAUGCCGGUUGUUUUCUGUCUCCUUUUUAUCUCUCUUGAAUUUGGGCAUAUCUCAACUCAAAUUCUAAACUGUUUCAAUUCAAGGGCUAAUUCAAGUGUAUGUAAUUUGUCCUUUAAUAUCGUUACUGUCAGUUCGUUAUACGGUACUAUAGUGGUUUAAGCAAGUUGUAAUCUUUCCAUUUCUCAAAGAUACAAAAUCCUCCGUACUAAUGUUAGCAGAUGUUUUGUGAACCUUGUUGUCCAUUUCCCACUGACAAAUGUUGAAACAUUGGUCUGUCUAAUAGCCCCUUCCCCCUUAUUCAAUCUAUUGUGUUAUAAUGGUUAUGGAGCCUUUUGGGAUAUUAUUAACUAAUGGAGCCAUACUGAAAAUGCUUUGAUGUGGCAAUUGGUAGGACUGCUAAACCAAAACGUACAGUUCAACUAAAAAUAAAAUUCUGUCAUCAUUUGCUCACCCUCAUGUCAUCACUAACCCAAAUGUCCAAGCCGAAGGUGAUUGGUGACCAUGGCUGUCCUUGAUUCCCAUAAACCUUCUCUCAUCUUUUACUCACUCUCAUACCAUCCCAGAUGUUUAUGACUUUCUUUCUUCUGCUUAACACAAAUGGAGAUAUUUUGGAGAAUAUCUCAGCUCUGAAGGUCUAUACAAUGCAAGUGAAUGGUGUCCAGAACUCCAAAAGCUCCAAAAAAGAGAAAGUCAGCAUAAACAUAAUCCAUCAGUCUCCAGGGUUUUAAUUAAUGUCUUCUAAAGCAAUCCAGUUGGUUUUGGUUGAGAACAGACCAAAAUGUAACUCCUUUUUCACUGUACAUCUUGACAGCAGUCUCUUUUGUUGAGCGCCAUCUAGUUAUGUGCACAUGCAUCAACAACUACGAAGUGUAAUUGAUUUUAAAAUCAUGUGUACAGUGAAAAAAGAGUUGCAUUUUGGUCUGUUCUCAACCAAAAUCAACUGGAUUGCAUCAGAAGACAUUGAUUAAACCACUGGAGUCAUGUGGAUUACUUUUAUCCUGCCUUUUAUAUACUUUUUGGAGCUUUUGGAGUUCUGGUCACCAUUCACUUGUAUUGUAUGGAGCUUUAUUAUUAAACAAAUCUUUGUUUGUGUUCAGCAGAAGAAAGAAGUCAUACAAAUCUGGGAUAGCAUGAGGGUGAGUAAAAUUAUGAGAGAACUUUCAUUUUUUUAAUCUAAUGGUUUUUUGAACCUCCAAGUCCAUAUUCCUAGCCUUUUGAUGGAUACAACUUUACUCAACCAUAAAAAUCUAUUUAUGUUUUGUCCAUCAAGGGAGUAUCUCCAGUGGAUUCAUUAGAAUGUGCAGAUGCCUUUGACAGCACAUGUCAUUCUGAGUCUAGUUUGGAUUAAUGGCUUUGAGGAGACUGGGACAGACCGAU